GAAAAGUUGAUGCAUAAAGAUCCCAUUAAUUGCGCUGUUAAUUUCUCCCUCUCCAAAAGUUGGCUUCUGGGCAUCUCUGUAUUUAAUCCAUCAUUGCUUUUUCUUGACUUACUCUCUCUCACACGCACAAUGGGGAGAAACUAUGAUGGGAGGUUGAAUAAUAGGUUGAUGAGGAUGAAGUUUAUUGGAGAUCAGAGAAGAGCAAUGAAGAGUUGGAAUGGUCUUACAAUUCCACUCAUGUAAUUUCACAGCUAACUCAAUGUUUUAUUUCUGGUGGUUGUAGCUAAUGCUAUGGUCGGACCACGAGCAUGGCUAGCAGGGCUCUUCAAUCGCUCAGCUAAUAAACGCACUGAGAAAUCUCUUGACAAACCUUUGACUCCUUUUCAGGAACAGAGACUUAAAAAGCUUCAAGAGCGGUUGCAAACACCAUUUGAUGAGACUCGUCCUGAUCAUCAAGAAGCUCUUAGAUCGUUGUGGAAUGCAGCCUUUCCAGAUGUUGCUCUGGCAGGCUUGAUCUCUGAGCAAUGGAAAGAGAUGGGGUGGCAAGGUCCCAAUCCAUCAACUGACUUUAGGGGUUGUGGUUUUAUUGCUCUAGAAAACUUGCUGUUUUUUGCCAGGACUUAUCCGGUAUCUUUUCGUAGGUUAUUGUUCAAGCAGGGUGGGAAGCGAGCAACUUGGGAAUAUCCAUUUGCUGUUGCUGGCAUUAAUGUUUCAUUUAUGUUGAUCCAGAUGUUGGAUUUACAGUCAGAAAAACCAAAAUGUCUUCCAGGAAAGAAUUUUGUUAGAUUACUGGGAGAAGAUGAAGCUGCUUUUGAUGUACUGUUCUGCGCAGCUUUUGAAUUGAUGGAUGCUCAGUGGCUUGCUAUGCAGGCUUCUUAUAUGGAGUUUAAUGAGGUGUUGAAAGUAACAAGGGAACAAUUGGAGAGGGAGUUGUCUUUAGAAGAUGUUCAUAGAAUAAAAGAUUUGCCAGCAUACAAUCUGUUGUAUCAAUAGCAUGUUGUUAUUAUUAUUAUCAUAAUCAUUAUUAUUUAUUAUUAGUACUAUCAACCACUACUGAACAUCAAGACAUAUUUGCUCCAACUGAGAUGAUACUUUGCUGUAGAGAUCUAUUCUGGAGUUGCACAUGUAAUUACUGAUCUGUACAAGCCAUUUUUGGUGAUUUUAUAGCUGAGCUUUGUACACUGCAAUGGAGUUGACACAUACUAAUGUUGAAGGAAACCUUGUAACCUCAUGGCAGGUUGUUGCUAAAUGAUUGCAUUUGACAUUA